CUUUGCAUGCACUGCACACACACUGCUGACUGCCCUGAUGCGCACACCAUGAAGGUAGAACACACAUGUACAUUGUAUUCAUGUACAUGUACAUACACGGAUGUCCACCAAACAAACGGCAUGCAUGACAUACGGCAACAAACGGAAGCAGUUUUAGCCCGGUUUCAACCCUUGUGUGUAACAUGAAUUGAAUGAUGUGAAAUCCCCAUGUCUCCUUAUCAUGAUACAACGAGUACAAUGUCCACCAAAGGAUAACUAUUGGCGACCAGCAAUGUGUUAUUUACAGUUCGACAGCAGCUAGUUUGUAAUUAUAUGCAAGUAACCACGCAUCUUGGUUGAGCUGAUGACCUCAUUACAAUGUCACGUAUUCUAAGUUAACGGUGACUGCUUGACAACAGACGACAAUCUUUAUAUAUAACGGCGAGUGUACACACAUAUGAACUUAUUUUAUGGACCAGUAUUCAGUAAUGCAAUCAGCAAACACAGUACACCGAUGACCAAAACAUUCCCCGUAUUGCUAGCUGGAGGAGUACGGAACCACACACGGCAUUUAAAAACAUGGCUGUCUUUUUAUUGAUUUUACGGCAGUGAUAAGACUUACUCCAUUGUGUAUAAAACCCGUGUGUAUCGACACCGGGGAGGAGUGUUUGGUGCGUGGAUGGAGUGUAGUGAAUUACAGCAGACAACAUCAGCAGAGCAGCUGGCUAGUUAGCAGAGCUCCUCUAUCUGCACGUUAUGGAACUAUCCUUCACACGGCUGGUGAGGUCUGUCUUCGGACUGUGUGUUUUGUUAACCGUCGGCUUAUUUGCUGUCAAGUUCUACAAUCUUGACGUGCCAACUCGUAACAUCCAAAGCGGGACUUUGGAGUCAAGUAAAAAGGUCCCCGACAACAACUUGAUACAGAGAUUUCUACACAAUGUUUUGGAGCGGUCGUUCCACAAAGGGACGUCAACUCCCGUCACAAAGGAAAACAAAACUCUCACGAUUAUCAAAAGUUUUUCAAACAGUCAACCCGCCAACAGCACCUAUGGGGACAAAUUUUACAGGGAAAUUGAAAAUAGAACGAGAUUAAGGAAGCCGUUAUGGUCGCUUGAGGAGAAGGAGUACGUCCGAAGUAGUCAAUUUAUACAUUACAUGACUUGCCCCACAACAGUCAGGAAAAAAAUGAUGCUGGAUGAUUUCUCCAGCCGAAAGUUUAUUCCGGAGAUGCCCAUCCUUCUGUGGAAUGAACACUUCAGUAAAGCCGAGUACCAGCGACUCUCUACAUUCAAAGGCAUCAAUGGCUGGUCAGACAUCGACGCACAGGAUGUCUCCGACUCCUUGCAGUUACUGAGUGCCCCAAGCAACAGGUACUUGUUCGACGACCGCAUGGUCAACGGCGUCAUUCCUAAAAAGCCAGGGUGCACGAGGUGCGCUAUCAUCGGUAAUGGCGGCGUGAUGAACGGCUCCAACAAGGGAGAAGAAAUAGACGCACAUGACUAUGUAUUCAGGGUGAAUGUUGCCUUAACCAAAGGUUUUGAGAAAGAUGUUGGAUCCAAGACUUCAUUCUACUGCUUCACGAUGGUCACCCUCUCCAAUUCAUUACGGGGUGCUGGGCGGUAUGGAUUUAAAGCCCCACCCUAUCAAAAGGGAAUCAAAUAUGUUUUCUUCGCCGAUAAUGAGUGGACGUACAACUAUUUGAAUGCUGUUUUAAGAAACAAACCGCCUCCUCGUAGCAACGACAAGUACAACAGAGGUCCGCCCAACUUUGUGGAGCAAUUGAAGGCAGAAGAUGUUAAAGUUGUCCAUCCAGACUUCGAGAGAUAUCUUAAAUGGAGUUGGGUUAACUCCACAGCUCAACACAAGUCUGUCCAUAGACCUACAACAGGAGCAAUUAUGCUUCUUCUUGCUCUGCACACGUGUGAUGAGGUCAAUGUAUAUGGCUUUGGUGGUAGCUACACCACCUUCUCUGAACACUACUACGACAAGAGCUUCGUCCGCCAUGUUUUCUACGCCAAUCACGACAACAAUGCAGAGAACGCCUUGUGGAAACGUCUUAACGACCUGGGUAUAAUCAACAUGUACAUCAGGAACUGACGAAGGAAUUUCACAAGCUUGAUAUGGACAACUCAAAAAUGCCGGUGUGCCAAAAAACAACUGAUUGACUUAGAUCGGCUGCUAAAAUGCAGAGAUGUGUCACUUCUUUGGUGCUUGUUUUCAAUUUAGAUACAUUAUCCUAAGACUUAUUUCGGGCUGAAGUUCUGUUGUACCUGACAAGAGAGGCAACACGAGGUAAACAUCGAAGAAGGCACUUGCCUCUCUAACAAUGGAAACACCAUUAUCUACAGCAACAUCAAAGAUUCAAAAGAGGACUGUGGUACUAUGAGUUGGAUGUAAGAUAUAAACCAGUUGGAGAUUUGGGUUCUGAACAUAAGAACCAAGUUUGUGCGGCAUCUUUAACAAUUUGUUGAAAUUUCAAUUCAGUCGAACCGUUCAUCCUUCUCAAUUGUUUUUUCGUUUUGACGAAGAGAAGGCGAUGGAUGGCAAGACGAUUGCAUUAUGGUGUCCCAGGGUAUUCUGUGUUCCAUAGAUUCUGUCCCCCCCCCCCCCCCAUAUGGGAAAUUAACAUGGGCUGAAGGAGGAAGUUUCACAAGAGGGCGCUUUCAGAAGAAGUUUGUGCACAAUUCGCCAUAUGGAUGGACAGAAUCUCCUGUCACAGGAUGCAUGUAUGUGUGUGUGAAGUAAACCCCUCAAUUUCUAGCCCAUUAAAAUGAAAACCUGCACGUUCAAGUUCCCUACUACUUGAAGCUUCAUAUAUUUUACUUUUUGGUAAAAAGGAUUGGGAUAACUCUACACUACUGGCAUGUUCUUCUUCCAAAUAUACAUAUACAUGUAUGUAUAAAUCAUGUGUAUGUUUAUUUGUAUUAGACUAGCAGAAUGUAAUUUUCAACGAAACUCACAUCCGAAUGUUUUGCCUGUAGAUUUUGUCCACACACAGAACAACUCUGGAAAGUACUAAGUAUACAGUGCUGCAAAAAGUAAUAAUAAUAGUAAUAAUUCUUUAGGACUAGUUUAAAAUUCGUUCACAUUUCAUGGAAACAAAAAACAUUUUCAUUUAUGAAAGUACUAACUCGUCGAUUUAAUUGAACUGUGAUCGCACGUUGCCAAAGAAAAUGACUUGUUAACAAGUACCAGUACUACUUGUGUUAUUAUACAAGGUCAGAAAAAAAAAUUAGCUGUUGCAAACAACUUACCAACCAAAUUGACUGAUGGUUUAAAUGCAAAAAAUAGUUAGUGGCCUGAUGUUACAGGGUCAUUAGAAAGGUCACGAGCUGUGAUCAGAGUAGGUCACAGGGACAAAUAGUAUGUACUCUUAAACCCUUGUUAUCAGUACCGAAGUCAGAAACUUCUCCAUAAGCCUGAACGUUGUGCCUUUUCUUACUUCUACCAAAGACGUUCUAGUCGAAUAUUGUACAGUACUAUAUGUAUCGUGUGUAAAUAUUGUAUGAACAAACUAGUGUUGAAAAUUAUCCACAAUUUCUCGUUGCAUAUGUUUUACUUCGAUUUGUAAGUGAAAUUAAAUUUUGUUUGGGCUUGCAAGGAUGGUAAGGACGGCCAUGCUAGUCAAUAUUUCAAGGCAGGGUAUUACUAUUCCACAAGUUAAUAACAAACUUACUUGGUCAAGAGAACUGCAACUGUUGAUAAUGUAUACUAAUUUGAGAAACGAUUCACUGGAACGGAAUGGCACAUGUGGAUUGUAAGAGAGAGGAGAUUCAAAAAUCGAUCCAAUCUGAGAGAAGUUUCUGCAUAAAAGGUUUCUCAGAUUGUGUAUACGGAUUGUUCUUUUUGCGUGGACAUGACCGCUCAAGAUGUUUAGCAAUUAUUUCAAAACCGCAGGUUUAUUGUAUACAUCUAGAUGUAUGUAGGAUUUAAACAAUAGAAUAGUUACAAGAACGAAAGGUAAUCUUUGCCUUUAAGUUGAUAUGAGUUACCCAACAAAUUGGCAAACAAAAGUUUCUAUAUUAUAGUUUUGGUGAUUCUUCCUAUUUGGGACAUGACAUUAUUCUCUACCUAUAAUGGAAACCGGAGAUAACAAAAUGUCCUCAAACAAUUAUUUUUAAAGGACGGAUGUUCCGGAAAGACCGUUAGGUUUCCGUUUUUCGCAAAUGGUUAUUAUAAUUUUUGUUUCAUAUUUAUUUUGGACGAUUUUUUCUCGACAACUUCCGCUUAGGCUAUGAUUGCAUUUCUUUGGUUUUCAAUUCCUUAAAAUGAAAGCAAUUUUUCUCGAUUUUAUUAAAAAAAAGCUCUCUGAAGUUAAAAACUACAUUGUCAGACC